GAGUAUCGAUUUCGGCGAGAGAGAGAGAGAGAGAUAAAGCGAGAAAGAGCUAGAAAGGCAAGUUUCGUACGCGCGCGCGCGAGCCCGGAGAGCUGGAGCGCUGCGAUUGGUCGAGAGGCAAGCUGAUCACGUGAUCGGCCCGGGGACGGCCGCAACCAGCCAGCGGAAAUCUCUGCCAGCUGCCCGCUUCCGUCUUCCCGAGCGCCUGUCAGCCAUUCGCGCUCUGUUCACCGGGUCUCUGGGUUUGAUUGUGGGCGCAGCGCACCGACCGACGUCCCCGCACGGAUACCGUUCUACGAGGGAGAAGGAGACGAUUAGACGCAGAGGUCAAGAGAAAGUAGAACGAUUUUUCAUCCGAGAAAAGCCGUGCGUGGAAGAGAAUUCGCCCCAGACGUUUGCGUCGUGCAACAUGUACAGCAGCAACGGUUACAACGCCAAUCAAACUUCUUUUAGACCCAGGGGAAACAGAGAGUACGGUAACAAGAAGGGGAGUGGAGGAGGAACGUAUUGGAACAGCCAACAACAGCCCCAGAAUAAUUUUGGAGCUAACAAGAAACAGAACCAGAAGAAAUCUCCAGGUGACCUUUUGAAGAAACCUAACUGGGAAGUCAUGGCUCUACCAAUGAUCACCAAGAACCUUUACGUGCCCCACGUCAACAUCAUGAGUCGUACACCUGACGAAGUCAGCAAGUACUACUCAGGAAAAGAGAUCACCGUCAAAGGAAACAACACUCCCUUUCCGAUACAGGCGUUCGAGGAAAGCAACUUUCCUGAUUAUGUAAUGGAGGAGAUUAGGAAGCAGGGAUUCUUGGAGCCCACUGCUAUUCAAGCCCAAGGCUGGCCAAUUGCCCUGAGUGGCCGAGAUAUGGUUGGCAUUGCGCAAACUGGAUCUGGAAAGACUUUAGCUUAUAUUCUUCCGGCAACAGUGCACAUCAAUAACCAGCCCCGUCUGUCGCGUGGUGAUGGACCCAUUGUUCUCGUACUUGCCCCAACUCGCGAGUUGGCCCAACAAAUUCAGAGCGUCGCACGAGACUUUGGCUCGUCGUCAUGCAUUCGCAACACUUGCAUCUUCGGAGGUUCACCGAAAGGACCACAGGCCCGUGAUUUGGAACGUGGCGUUGAAAUCUGCAUAGCCACACCCGGCAGACUUAUUGAUUUUCUCGAGCGAGGCACAACGAAUCUGCGCCGCUGCACAUAUCUCGUGCUCGACGAAGCUGACAGGAUGCUGGACAUGGGCUUUGAGCCUCAAAUCAGAAAAAUCAUUGAACAGAUCAGGCCAGACAGACAGGUUCUCAUGUGGUCUGCUACGUGGCCCAAGGAAGUUCAGGCUUUGGCUGAAGAUUUCCUUACUGACUAUAUCCAGAUCAACAUCGGCUCGCUGAAUCUCGCCGCCAACCACAACAUCCGACAAAUCAUCGAGAUCUGCCAAGAACACGAGAAGGAAAACAAGCUCGCAGUACUGCUGAGGGAAAUCGGCUGCGAACGUGGAAACAAGACUAUCAUCUUUGUAGAGACAAAGAAAAAGGUUGACGACAUCACCAAGGCAAUCAAGCGCAACGGCUGGCCCGCGAUAGCUAUUCACGGAGACAAGUCGCAACCUGAGCGUGAUUAUGUUCUCUCUGAAUUCAGAAACGGAAAGACCGCAAUUCUCGUGGCAACUGAUGUAGCGGCUCGUGGUUUGGACGUUGAGGAUGUCAAGUACGUUGUCAAUUUCGAUUACCCGAACAGUAGCGAGGACUAUAUUCACAGAAUAGGAAGGACUGGCCGCUGCCAGAGCGCCGGAACUGCUUAUGCCUACUUUACCCCGAACAAUGCUCGUCAAGCUAAAGAAUUGAUUUCCGUGCUCGAAGAAGCUGGACAAAUCAUCAACCCUCAACUCGCCGAAAUGGCUAACUCGCAAAGAAACCAGUAUGGCAAGGCCAGACAGCGCUGGAACCAGGGCCGUGGCAAUGCGAACAACAUGAAAGAUAAUCAGAUGGGUAAUAGUAGCCCGCGAAAUAACCGCAGCAGCCCGAACCAUAACAAUUGGCAGAGCCACUUUAAUCACCAGAACCACAAGUUGUCUCAGAUGGCCAAUGGUACGAGGCCGAUGAUGCGCCAGCAGAACGGCUACCAAAACAAUCGCCAAAACAGCUAUCAGAACAACUACCAGCACCACCAGCCUUCGUCUCCCAACGGCCUUCAAAAUCAUCAGCAGACUUUGCAGCAAGCUGUCUCGCCUCAUGCACACUCGCAGUCUCCUCAGCAACAGCAGCAGGUUCAGCAUAGGCACAGCAACGGUUACCAGAACGGUACCACCACCACCACCACAACCGCGUACCAAGCAAGCUCCACUACAGCUCAGAACGGUUACGGCCAGAAUAAUGGCAAUCAGCAGCAGCGCUACCAGAACUACAAUAGCAACGGUUAUCAGGGCAACAAUCGUUACAACAACCGCCAGAACGGAUAUACCAGCGGGCAGCAGAACAGGCAGCAGCAGCAACAACAGCAGCAGCAGCAGCAACAGCAGCAACAGCAGCAGCAGGGCAUGUAUUCGAUUCCACAGGCGUUCAUGCUGCCGUCGGGCGCCCACGCUACGGACUCCAGCAUCCAGAGCCUGGUGAACAACAAGUUCUUCCAGACGAACCGGCCACCACCAACCACGGCUAAUCCCUGCGCCUACCAGUCGGCCAUGGGCUAUGGUCAAUUCCAAGCUGUUCCACCUUAUGGCUACCCAUACCCGCCGACGCCUGUACAACAGUGAUGCCCUGCCUAAGAGGUUACACUGUAAACGAGAGCAAGGCGGCUUUCUUUUUCUUUUUUAACGAGAAGGUGGGUUCGCUAUAUUGCGUAGGACGUUAUUGAUUUUUUUCUGCAUUAAGAAUAUCAUAUUUCGCGAACCCGAAAGUUUAACUCUUUGAUCUAAUAUAACUCUGAUUAAAUGGAUCAAAAAUAAUGAAAGAUAAAAUUUUGCGAUGUUCGUAGAUACUUUUAUUAAUAAUUUGUGUUCUCAACGUAAUAUUUGAAUUACUUGUUCUCGUGUUCUUUAUUACUUAUAUAUAUUUUUUUUUCUUUACCAUCGUACUUUUCUGGAAUGGUGCUCAAAACGUUCGACGCUUUCAAAAAGCAACUAAGAAUAAUCCUAUAUUGAUUGCAAGAUAAUGAAGGUAAACCUAUAAGCAAAAAAGUUGUAAAUUGUAGAGAUAAAAAGGAGAAAUUAAUCGAAUCACAACCAAACGAAAUAUGCUAACUACUGAAACGAUAAAAGAUAAAACGUGUUCGUCUCUUCGAAUUCGAAUGACAGAUUCGAUUAUCUCAAGGCACAUUCCAGUCGAGUUGUACGUAGGGAUUUAGCUAAUUAGCGAUGGUAUAUCGAUAUGCAUAUAUAUAUAUUAUAAUAUUAAUAUUAAAUAUUGGUCAUGACCACAAAAGUGUAGCUCACAAUUUUUGGUCAUCUCUGUGGUAAUUGAUAGCGUAAUCCUCUUGCGAUAAAAACUAUGUAUACUACCUGUAUACUUUUCUGAAAUGCACGAAACAUAUAGAAGGGGGGCAUGGGUUAUAGGAUUAAUAAUUUAUAAUUUAUUUAUAAUCUGUCGAGUGUAUAACAAUGAAAAAUAGAUGACGCUCUUUAUAUUCAUCGAUGAAACGGGAGAUACAAUGCAGAUAGCGCACGAAGAGCUGAUUUUUUAAAUUAAAAAAGCUCGGAGAGAAAUACGCUGCAAAUCGAAGUUAGGAGAAAUUGAAUUAACGCCAUCUCAGCUCAAUGAAUAAGUGGAUGAAACUCGUUAAAUUCUCGCGUUAUUUACCUACUAUUAAAGUGUAAAGAGCGUCCGUAUUUUUAACGUACACGCAAACAUAGAAGAGAAGCAGUUUUUCUUCCGACGAGAAAAACGAAGUAAUAAGAAGUUACUACAUAUAACGAAGAAAAAUAAUGCGAACGUUUAAAAAAGAAUAUUCAACGUAUUCGAGCGGGAUUCGAUCUUCUACUUUACGUAAUAAUUACAAAUGACAAGUGUAACUAAAAAAAUACCGCGCAAAAUAAAACGAUGAUAAAGGCGUUUUAACGGUUAGUUAAAAAAAUAGUGAAAGAAUUGCUAUGCAACCAAGAAAUUUAAUAAAGAGAAGCUGGAGAAAUUUCUCGAUCUUCCAAAGCUGCUUCGACGUCGAGCACAGAAAAGAAGUUAAUAAAUAAAAUAGACGGACGUUCCGGGCGAUUAGUCGGAAAGUAGAUUUUUUCUUGCGCGAUGGUCGAUCAAAACAGGCGUAAUUUGUAAUUAAAAAUAAUUAACCUUUAACGAAACGAUAGAAAGACGUUAAAAGGGAAUAAGAUAUGAGAGAAUAGGUAUUCGGCAAAAGGCUAAAGGAUGAAAGAAUUUAAAGUCGGUCGCGUAGUCUCACAUGGCUGUGCAUUCACCGGAGCAAAGCUCUUGGUAUCUUAUUUUUGUAUCGCAAAUAAUCGAUUGUUAGUCCAACGAACGACGGCGUUAAGAAAAAAAUACGUGGUUAAAAAAAAAGAAUAAUGAGAGUAUGAAAUAGUGGACAAAGCGUUGUUAAGAUUUUUUUUACCGGGAAGAAAGAAAACCAAGAAAGUGCAAAAUGCAAACGUUUACGUAACAAUCGGAUGCGAAUUCUCCGGUUACCAGUCGCAGUAGCAGCGGUUAACAAUAAACAAUUUCACAUUGCAAAUGUAAUCGAAAAGUUGGUCGUUGUAUAUAUGAAUACUUUAUAAUAAAGUGUAAAUUAUAUAUCGAUCAGUAAUUUUUCAAAGUGUACAAUUCGAAAACGUACUUAAGAAUUUUUAAAGCAAAUUUUUUUUUAAAAACUUGAAACGAGAUGACUAGUAACUUAAAAUACGAAAAGUGAUAAUAUUAAAGUAAUUAAUAUACUCGCUACUUUUGCGACUAGUCAACGUCCACGAAAACGUAAGCGUAACGACGAGAGUAAAGUAUCUGCGUAGAGUCCAUAUAUUUGCGGUGCAAAUAAACAAACACCAGCGAAUCGAGGCAUUCUGAGGUUUCGUCUUUGAUUAUAAAUGCGCACCUGCGAUGCGAGAGGUGGCUGGUAAUCUCCAAGGAAAAAACUGCAAAACAGUACCUGCAUUUCUUUUUAAUAUUCGCGUGUAGGUACGUGCUUUCCUUACGUUCUUUGUUUUUAUUUAAUAUUACGAAACUGUACCUCGUUCCUGUUCGUACUUUCUCAUAUGAUGUCGCCUGAAAGUUAUUUAUUGAUUAAUUGCGUAAAGUAAAUGAAGUCAACGAUGUGUCGCGCGAUAUAUAGGCCAACCAUACAAAUCGUCCAAACGCGUCUUAAUUCUUCCUCUUCCACGUGUUGUUAUAUACGGUGUUUAUCCCCAGUCCUUGUACUAUUAUUGUUUUCUUCAUUUUUAAAAAGGGGUCGAUCUCCCCCCUAUUUCGUUACUGUACGUCGCAUUCGUGUAAGAGUCGUGCUAAGCGAGACGAGGAGAAACUAUAAGUGGCGGGCAAGCGAAACAAGUUGAUAACGUAUACAUAUAUUAUAACAAAAAAACGAUUCGGGGCUAUAUAGUUUAAUCUUUUUAACAAAAAAAAAGUAUCGAGGGUAAAAAGAAUCACAACAGCGACGACGAUCUGUAGCGACUCCUUCAGUGCUUUUUUGCGAGCCUCCAGUUUCUCGCGUUCAUUUUUUUAUACAAAUAUAUAAUAUAUAUAAUAUAUUAUAAAACACAUACAAACGCAGUAUAAAUAAUGUUAAUAAAUAACGAUUAUCACGCGCGACGUCUCGUAUAUCGUUCGACCGAAGCAGGUUCCAACCGAUCUUAUAUAUAAUGAUGUUUCUCUCUGUCCUUUCUCCCGCGAACUGAACACGCACAGUACAAUGACAAACGAAAAAAAUUAUCGUCGCUAAACGCAGUCGGUCAUCCUCUCGAAGUUGUGUAUGCGCACGCGUAUACAGAAAUAUAAUAUAUAUUUUUCUUUUCCCGAGCGCUCGACAAAGCUGAGAAAAUAAAAGGAACUAAAUAAAGGGGUUAAGCGAGGAAACCAAGGAAUGAACUGGAGGCUUUCGCACAUUUGCGCGCACCCCUUAUCAGUAUGGUCACGAAUUUCGCCGACGACCACACCCGGGCUCUUUUUUUCGUUAUUGCAUAUAUAUAAUGUAUAUUUAGAGAAGCAAACUGUUGUACACAGAAAAGCGGAACACGCACGCAUAUGCGACUUUUUGCGGCAUUUCCCUCGAUGCGGCGUUAAUCGUUUCCUUGCAGGACGUAAGCGAAUGAUUUUGUGUGUGAUAAAAACCUAGCAUCGAGAGUUCCUAGCGGGGGAAAUAGCAAAGAGUCGACGAUGGCAUAAAGGACGACGAAAGAUGAACACGGAGAAAGAAGGCCGUAACGAUACGCUUCUCUGGAUGUGGGAAGCGAGUGUCGUCGGGUGAAUCUUCGCGAUGGGCGGGUGCGCGCGUAGUUCUGUGAUAUGUAUGAUGUAGCGUUAUUAAAAAGUUUAACGAUGAAACGAAGUAAAACAGGUGAAGAUGGAGAAAUAAAAGUAGCCCGCUAUUUCUAUCGUGCAUCGCGUUUGUAAUAAGCGUAAUAAAGUGAGAAAAUUGCGUCUCGUUGUUUUCAUCGAAAAAAAGUGUAAAACAAAAUAAUAAGUAUGAAGUUAAUGAAAAAUGCAAAAGUAUAAAGGAAGAUACUGUAGAAGGACGUUUUUUUGGCGGCACACAAUUUAAUUAAAAAGGAAAUCGAAACGAUAGACACAAGAGCGAAUUGAAGCUAAAUAAGCUAUCAAAAAAAAAAAAAAAAAAAAAAACGAUAAAACACACAUAAGCGUCAUAUCAUGUUAUACUUGUCUCUCAAACAUUGAAAUAUAUAUGGUGUGCUAUAAUAUGCUUUGACUAUAUGUGCGAUGCGAAGGGUAUAGUUAAGACGAAAAAUGAAAAUGUGUAACAAAAUGUAAAAGGCCAAUCGACUUCGCUCUAUAAAAUACACGAUUAUAUAGAUCCAAAGUUAAUGGAUUUUGAGUGAACAAUGAAAACAAAUAAUAAAUGAAGGUUUAAACUGAAAGGGAAAUCUUUCGGGUAUAUCUCGUUCCUCUCUCUUUGACCGAGACAUAAUUUAGCGACAAUUUAUAUAUGUAUCGUAGAAACAACCGAGAUAUUUUUCGCCGACUGUGUGAGACACAAAGAUUAGAGAAAAAUAAUAAUUGUGAUACAGCACACCGGGAGCGACAAAAUGUCCAAGACGAGGCUAUAUAUAGUGGCGCGAGGUCCUCUGCUAUAUAUUCGUGUGAAAUCUUGCAUCUCGUGUAGAAUUAUUCAAGUAUCCGUGCGUCUUAGGAGUUCAAGAAUUGCGUGAUCUUUUACGUAGUUCAGUAUUGUUUUCUCAUUCUUUCUAUCCUUCAAGGAAACUGCACUUUCCUCUGUCUUCGUCCCUUCGACUAGAAUCGAUUCUUAUUGUCAUUUAUCUAAUUGCCCAUUUCGUUAUGUUUUUUUAUUCUUCUCUCUAUACAUAACGAUAAAGUAUAUUCACAGACUCGGAAACAGGUGUUUGAAAUCGACUUUCACUUUGAAACUAUGAGUUCUCAGUUCGAAAAAUGAACAAAUUCAUCUUUCCAGUUGAACUAAAACGGUCAGAGUGGAGGUCGGUUCCCCUAUUCCUCAGAGUUCUGAAGCAUUGGACACCGGCAGGGUUUCAAUAGAUCCGCAUUGUUCGUCGUGGAAAAGUGGAUGUACAGAUUCACUUUUUCCAAAGAACAUAGGUUUAACUCGUCUAGCCUUUUCUGAACAUUUAUAUACUUUAAUUUUAUUACAAUAAUCACUCUAUACUAUUAUACAAAGACAUCUGGUAGAAAAACAAGUUAAACAAUUAACUCAGUAUCACGCAUACACACAUUAUGUACAUUGCGUAUAGACGAAAAACGCAAAACUAAUGACUCUAUUUAAAGAAGCAAGCACCUUUUCUUUACGAAAUUUCGUCAAUAUACAACAAAACGUGUCGCUAACUGAUGAGAAAGAUAGGCGUGCUUUCGCUUAUAUAUCCCAAGACUAACCAGAAGUACCUCGAUUUACGAUGUAAUCGCAACGUACUCGAUAAUAUACAAGUUGGAAGCGCGAAAUAAUAUUCUUAUCAUUGUAGUUUUGUACGUCAACGUAAAGGAUAUAAUGAAGGAAGAAAGCGUAUACAAUACAUUUAUAACAGAUAAAUCAUUUUUUGUUCGCGUGUUACAAUAAAAAGAAACUCGAAGCAGAAAACUCGUCUUUUAGAGUAAAUUAUAGAAAAAGGUCUAGUACAACGGUUCCGGUAAUACUUUAAACGACAAACGAAGCAGUGGGUUGCUUUAACAAAGUUUAUAUUUCAAGAUAAUAAACGAAACUUAGACGAGAUGAAGGCCGAGCAGAUGGGAGAGAAUAGAAUCGCGUCGCGUACAUAACUUUUUUAUUAUUACUAUCAUUAUUUUCGUUGAAUUUCUCCCUUAUAUUCUUUUCUUUUUAAAGUCGUAUUAAACAAAAAGUAACACGACUAUGGCGUUAUUAUGGGUAAAACAACACGCUGAGCGCUGUGAUAAUCGCGUACGUAAAUAAACGUGUUCUAUUAUUAUAAAGAUAAAUUAUCGUCAUAUCUUUAAGCGUUAUAAAAUAGUCUCUCUCGAUAGCCGCAACAAAGAGGCGAAACGAAAUAUCGCAGCUUACGUAAAAUAAUUUAAAAAAAUACGAAACGAAAGAAUUCUAAAGACGCGUAUGACAAAGACAAAAAUAUAAAAUAUUGAAGAAUCCCAUUAUAAGGAAGACUGAAUCUCUCUCGCCAAUUCGCGUAAAAGUAUAUAAGGCAUCUUUUAACGCGAAUAACACAAACGUUCGCUGCAUAACCGUAUGUUGUACGUUAAAAAAAUGAAACCUAAGAUUUAUAUGUUAUAUUUAUUGUAUCUUAUAAACAGUAACGAAACUAGCGUUGAGAAAAAUAUCGUGAAAUCGAAUUGGCCGAAGCCGUCCGCGACGAGGAGUAUAUACAUAUGUUAACGGGAAAGAGAAAGAGCGAAGAAAAAGUUCCUCUGUUUCUCGCUAAUACAGAGUUCGAUAGUUGGCAGGUUUGUGCGCGCUUGUUUGAACUUUAUUUGCCUGUUUUCUAUAUUUGUGUGAAUUUGUUUUAGACGGACUCGACACACCGUUAAUAUACGUCGUUCAGUAGCGCGAAAAAUGUGUGUGGUGAAAUAUAUUUUUUUUACCGGGCGGGUCCUCAGCUGAUAGAUGUAUAUAUAAUAUAUUUUUUUGUACUCAACAAUUUGUUAUAGUUUUUCUUCGCAUAUACGUGCAACGUUUAAUCGCGACUAAAGAGAGAGAGAGAGAGAAAGAGAGUGAAGGACACACGCGGCAGAUAAACUAAUCAAAAGCUGCGCGACCAGCGAGAAAAUUGAGCAACGCGAAAUCGACUCGUGUUUAUCAAAGUUGCCUUUGACUUCUAACUUGGAGAAUUUCAUUUUUCGAACUUUAAUUAGUUGAACCGGAACAUUAUAUAACCGUCGACGUGCAUAUGAUAAAUAAUAUAAACUUCCUUUGACCAAAUUUCUGAUCGUCGUGCAUGACAUCGAAGUUGGUACUGUUCAACUCCUACCUUUCUCGUACGGGUGACGAACACUGUGCACAGACACAUACGUAAGGAAUAUGGAAAUAUUUUUUACGUCAACGUAUAUGAGAUAUACACAUUCACACUCAUACACUUUAGGCCUUGCACUUAUACUCUACGGAAAUCUUGCAAAAAGCACUCGUUUCCACGUACUCGAUUUAGAAAAUUUCUUUUUUUUUCACGUUUUAUGAAUUGUAAAUUUUAUUUGUCACUUUUCGUACCGUAUUUACGAAACAGCUUCGCGUUUCACUGCAAGCAAUCGAGUUUUUUCUUGUUACGUUUUGCUAAAUUGACAAAGAAUCUCGAUUCUAUUAAUUACGAUGAACGUAUUCGUACUAUAGCGUAAACAUUUCAGAAGUAAGCGCUUUCACUCUAAACGAUUCAUCAUAAUUGUAAAGUGCGAAACGAUAGUUUUGCUGUUGUUGUGUAGGUACUGUAUGCGUUGUAUUAUUAUCUUACGUUUACAAAGAAUUCAAGAAUUUAAGAAGACUUAAACGUUAUGUUUUCAAUUUUCCUUUUAGAUUAAAUGUAAGCCCUGUUAUAUAAUACAAACCGUUUCUUCAUUGUUUUUCUUACGUCGUUCGGCUGAUUCUCAUAUUCAGUCAAGUCAGCGAAAUCGCAUUGCGAGCUCGAUAAAAAAGGAAGCAUAAAAUGUUCUUUUUUACCUUUCGUUUAUUUUUUAACGAUUUCGUUAUGGUAUACCCUGUGGCAAAUUAGCAAAGCUAUAUAAUGCUAAAAUACUUUCCUUUUUAUUUCACUGUUGGCAAAUGCAACGUAUUACGAUUAAUCAUUUCCUCAUAUUGUCUUUCAUUUUUUUUUUACUUUUAAUGCACAAAGUGUAUGAUGCAUAUAAACGAUAUUCGUCUGCUGGAAUACCUAUAGGAACUUGUGUAUCCUUCGCUAUAUGGUCAAGUAGUGAAAAUGUACGUCUUAUGAAAAAAAUGAGCGUAUAGCGCAAAAAAGUCUUUGCACGACGUCGCCCGUUUUUAUUUUCACAAAACACGGAGGACGACACGCCAGAUUCUAGUCAAAAUUUAUAUUCUUCUAAUGUAUAUCCAUUUGAGCCUCGCAGCGACCUUAAAGCGUAUGAUUUUCCCCCAUUCCCUCGUAUAAUACUGUAUAAUGAUGUACCUGUUGCUGAAUUUGAACGAGCCUCUAUCUCAUUUUCUUUUAUUUUUCAAUUCUCUUGAAAAUAUCAGCUCCAACUUAUACGCAACCUCUUAUCGAAGCGUUUAAACAUGCUUGUAAACGUAUAUACAGCAACGACGACCGUUUUUCGUAAUCUGAUGGUAAAAAAAAUCACUUCGUGAAAUAAAACAGAAUGGGGUAGUGGGUCGAGAUUAGGGCGUUUUUUUUCUAAAGAGAGAGGCCUUUGUUAUAAUUUUUCUUGAGCAGCUGUUGCUUUGCUCAGUACAAUCAAACUGUUGUUAAAAACGUGAUAUUACGAAUAUAUGUAAACGAGAAUUAAUGAAGAAA